CUGUGUUUUGUCUUUUCACUGCCUUCACAGUGACAGGAGGGAGGCCACAACCAGCGAGCUCCGAGCGGGCUGCGGAGGAUGUCGACCCCGCUGCGGGGACAAGUCCCGGGCGGGAUGUUUGUGUCCAGUCGGCUUCUGCUCACCCAGUCGCCCAGUACCCGCGGCCCUCGGCACCCAUGAAGCCCCCGCUAAUGAAGCCCCGAGCUGCUAGAGUGAGGCGGAAAGUGGCCGGAGACAGAGAGCAUGUACUGGCACGUCGGGUUCGCCUGGACGCGGUCGUGUGUGGUUGAUCUUGGCCAGAACCAGAGCUUCUCCUCCGGCCUGCUGGGCUCCGAUGAGCAGCUCUCGUUUUAUGGGUACAUUAUCGCCUACCCACUGCAGGACUACGGCGGGAUAAUGUCAGCUUUGGGCUCGGACUCGUGGUGGCGGAAAACGCUGUAUUUGACUGGAGGGGCUCUGCUCGCUGCCGCUGCUUAUUUGCUGCACGAACUGCUGGCCAUCAGAAAGGAGGAAGAGCUGGACUCUAAAGAUGCCAUCAUACUCCACCAGUUUUCCAGGCCCAAAACUGGCGCCCCGUCCCUGUCCCCUUUCUGCCUUAAGAUGGAGACCUACCUCCGCAUGGUUGACCUGCCCUACCAGAACUACUUUGAUGGGAAGCUUUCACCGCAGGGAAAGAUGCCGUGGAUUGAGUACAACCAGGAGCAGGUGUGUGGCACCGAAUUCAUCAUCGACUUCCUGGAGGAGAGACUGGGUGUGAGCCUCAACAAGACCCUGACGCCACAGGAGAAGGCCAUGUCCCGUGCCAUCACCAAAAUGGUGGAGGAACAUUUCUACUGGACCAUAGCUUACUGUCAGUGGGUGGACAACCUGGAGGAGACCCAGAAGAUGCUGUCGAUGAGCGGGCCACUGAGUGAUCUGCUCAAGUGGAUCCUGAGUCACCUGACCGGUGGGAUUGUCAAGAGGGAGAUGUACGGGCACGGGAUCGGGCGGUUUUCUAAGGAGGAGGUUUACGCCCUGAUGGAGAAGGACAUGCGCACCCUGGCCACUCUGCUAGGUGAUAAGAAGUACCUCAUGGGCUCUAAGCUUUCAACAGUAGACGCUGCAGUGUUCAGUCACCUGGCCCCUGCUAUGUGGACGCUACCAGGAACACGUCCAGAGCAGCUAAUUAAAGGUGAGCUGAUCAACCUGGCCAUGUACUGUGAGCGUAUCCGCCGGCGUUUCUGGCCUGAGUGGUUCGUGGACUUGGAAGACUUCUGCUACAACGAUAUCACAGAGGGCAGCGAGUCCAAACUCCCCGAUUUGGGUCUCUACUCCCGUACGGACACUUUCCAGGACGAUACACACACACACACCCCAAGCACCCACACGCCACAGGACCCGCCGUCGCCCGACAGCGACCCUACAGGCCACUCGCUAUAUGACUCUGACAUGGACACAGAGUGCUCUGAAAUAGACCAGCUCAAGUGUUGACAAAGCAUACACUUACAGGACACACUACAAAUGCGCACACCACAGGAGGGUGCUGCAUCCCCACCUGCACACAUGUCCCCUACCUCUUUGAACAGAAAAUAACUGGGGAGUAUUUUUGUUGUCGCCUGUGCUGGUGGAGAAGUUGAGGAUGGUACACUGUAGUGGAGGAAUGAUUGCAACAGAAGGAAAGGCAGUGAGGCAUAGGUCAAAAAGGAAAAAAGUCAGAGAUGGACAGAAGAAAAAAGAGGCAGCAUAUAAAGGAAAAGUGGAGGAAAAGAGAAAAGAUGCAGAAAAAAAGAAUGAAAAGUAGGAACUAGAAGCAUGAAAACCAGGAGUAAAUGACGCCGCUGCUGAGAAACUCCUCCACGUGGUCGACAUCAUCCGCAGUCACAACCUUCUACCUGUCAUCCCGUUGUUGUAACCUUGGCAACUAAGUGCUUGUGACCCCCCCUCCCCUGCUGUCCCUCGUAGCGUCUUGCACCACCCAGCCUUGUGUGUUUUCAACGGAACCCCUAAACGCCUUGUAUUGAUAUGACAUUGAUACGUAGGGAAACUGUACAGGAUUUAUGUGAAUGAACACAGUUCAGUGUAAAUAUAUAAAUGGAUCUGAUUUGAUUCUCAGAUUUAAUAGAUAGAAUAUUUGAUUCUAUAAGAGUAUAAAUAGUAUAGAUAGCCUGCAAAUAUAAUAUCAUCCCCUCUGUCAUAUGGUGUAAAAAAUGUAGGUGUUUCUUAUAUAAAAUCCCGUAUGUGUUGGACAUAAUGACCAACCUGUCUUGUAAUAGUCGCCAUGAAUACCCAAUCUGCUGGUCUAGGAUCAGUAUGAGGAGCCCUAUGACCGCCUGUGUGUGUCUUUCUCCACAGCUGGGAGUAAUGCCUGCUGCCCAUAUUUAAAUAGUGCAGUAAUACUUCAUGGAAGAUCAUGGAUGGUGAACUGCAAUCUGCCAUAAGCACUUUGGAACUAUCUUUUGUCUUAUUAAGACACUUAUUUUGCCAAAAAAAAAAAAGAUUUUGUCACACAUCAGAUGCAUAGUAUGACCAUAUACCCUGUCAGGCUCCUGAGUUGUUAGGAUUGUCAUUGAGGACAUUAGCUUUAGAUCAGAUAGACAUUUUACAUGCAUUCAAGCAUUGAGAGCGAGUCAAACAAUCAUGUAGAAAUAGAUUAAAUAGAUAUAGAGUCUGAAUGAAAGUGCAUGGCUGGCACGUGCCAAUGAAAAUGUCCCUUUACACUUCUCAUGGAUAGUGUUAUCUACAUUUGUUUGCUGGCUUAUUUAAGUUUGAUUUUGUGAUGCUUUUUUUUUUUUUUUUGCGGUGGCUCUGGUCAAAUCAGCCACACAAAGAUGGCAAAGAUGUAGCUGAUGGAUCUUGGUUUUUUUUUUUUCCUUUCAGCAGUUAAGUUUUUGUGACAGAUGCCUCAUGUUUCAAAAAUGAUGGAUUGCCCAGAAAACAUUAUGUAAAGCAAUAAGAGAGCAGACACAGGUCCACUCUGUUCAUCUUUAAUUUUAUGCUAGGGUGGGUGGUAUUUGGGGUGUGUGAUGGCGAGGUGCACGUCUUAUGUGUGUUUGUCAUUCAGCAAAUGCACAUAUGGCUGCUACUUAUAUGGCUGCAAGCAAGGGGUAUACAGUAUGUGCUUUGUGCUUGUGUCCAUGCUGCGCAUGGAUGAGUCGCCCUCUGUGUGUGAAUGAUCACGCACUGAUGAGGAUUCACAGCUGAGCUUUUCAUCCCUAACAUGCACACUCACUGUCAUGAUUUCAAUGUUGUUUCAUUUAGGUCGUAGAAAAUGUGUUUGUCUGAGAAAAAGACAAUAGUGAUAGUGUGGUGGUUAUAGUGAUGAUGCUGCUUCUUAUUCAUGGUCCAACUUAAAACAUUGUUCCUGUUAGGAAUGAAAGGGAAUCCUUACAGGGCCAUCACAGAGGUUUUUAAACAGAGACAGGCCGAUUUAUUCGCCAGGCCAAUAUAUCGACUAAUACUAGCUUAAAGGCCUGUUCACACCACAUCUUUGUGAAAGAUUCGGCUCUAGAAGUUUGGUGAUGUAAUGUCUAUAUUUGCAGGGAUAGUUGGUGAACAGCUGUAGCUGGUGAGCUAACUGCUAACUUGCUAGCCAGCUGGGCUAGCACCAGUUCAUCACAGGAGCUCUCAGAAAUUCAUAUGUGUACCAUUGACUCCUGUCUCAUGACAGUCAGUUAGAGUAGAACAAUCAAUUGUUCAACACAGCUAAUAAGCUACGAGAGCUUCCUCCAUUUUGGACUCUCCAGUGCUCUGUCACCUCAGAGGUCACCACUGGCUCGUUAUUGGUCAACAGUGCAAAUUUGUGGGUCAGAGUUAAUUAAAGUUGACCUCAAAUUCAUUGGAAAAUUCUUUCCUUUUUAACUGCUGCUGUGACCAGGCUUUAAUGCAGUUGAAUUGCCGUAUGUAAUUAUCGAGAAACUGCAGUAGAGAAAUGCCAAAAAUAUCUUGGUGAUAAUUUGGGAAUAGUGUGUCCACAUUGUUUUUACAAAGUUUUUUUCAACCACUAAAUGUCUCACUCAGUACAUAUGUUGGUCACAGUUCUUUUAUGAAGGGAUCGUCCUCAAAAAUGUUUGUAAUUAGUUUUUUUUAAACAUGAAUAUCGACCAGUUUAUCCUUUUUGGAUUUUUUUAAAACUCAAAUAUCGACAGCCAACUUCAAAACUGGAUGAGGCUCGACUUGACAAGGAAAAUUUUUGUAUUGGAUCAAAAACAUGUAGCAUUAAUAUGUAGCAGUACAUUUUGAAAUAAGAAGUAAUGAUGCCAUAAAUGGAAUCUAGUACUUAGCAAACAGGUAUACAGAUGUAAUGUCAUUAAGCCACCAUUAUGAAUCUGAUGUUUAGGUGGGACAUUGAUGUUGAUAUUGACGAGUUAGAAUUAAUGAUGAGGUAAUGACAGCAAAAAUCAUCAUUUCCUGUAUAAGGCUUUUACAUUCUGGGUUCUCUAUCAAAAGCAUCUCUAAGCUGGGCUUCAAAUCAAGGAGCAGUAACGCCUUCAUGUGUGGGUGUGUGCUGCAGUUGAUUUUAAGUACAAUAAUAUAGUCUGAAACUGAAAAAAAAAAUUAACUUAAAAGUUUCGAUUUGUGUCUUAAAACCCCCUUGCCUGCAUGUACUUGCCUUCUCUCAUCAAUAGUCAGAUUUAGCCUUAUGAAAACAGACUCCUAAAGCUGUUUACUUUAUACCAGUGCCAGCAUAUGACUUAUGUUUUUAUGUGUCAUAUUUAUUUUAUUUGUCUAUUUAUUUUAUGUUGCUAUAUUACUGAUAAUGAUGGUGGAUGUGCUUGAAUUUAAAAAAAAAAACGAUUUUCUUUUUAUUAUUUUGCACUUUUCUUCUUAUGUUUACAUGUGUUUUGUUCUCUGGCUGAGAAUUCCUAUCAGACUAAUUUAUUGAUCUGUGUAUUAGUGCAAUAAUGUAGAUCCUCUGACUUCUGUUGACAUGUAACACUGAAGAAAACGCAUAUUUUCACAUUGCCAGUCAUUGCCGUGAUUGCAUGUUUGUCCAUGUUUUGAGAUGUCAUUUGGUAACUGUUAUUAUGUUAUUCAUAUCACAAUAUUAAGGAAGUUUGGUGUUAGUCCCUCAUUUGCUGCAAAAAGUAAUGUCGAAACCAUAAAAAUAAAUAAAUAAAUAAAUAAAAAAGAUGAAAUACUGAAGUGAAAUACUGAACUGACCAAGAGCAGGGUGAGGUCAGUCAUCCUGCUGUUCAGCUGAUGAUGAGUGUCUUCACUCCCUCUUGUAAAACUCACCCAUUACUGGGAAAAUUGAAAAACUCCUUCCAGAUCAGUGUCCGUGGGCAACUUCAUCUGUCUCAGUGUUCCUCAGCAGUUAAAGGUCAGGGGUCGUGUGUGUGUCACUUUCCUGUUGAGAUUUCUGCUUGUAGACCGUAGAAGCCAUAUAGCAUUGUCUCUUGGUGUUGUGUGUGCUCAAACACUUGGUGGAAUCUCAUCAAACUGUAAAUAAGAAAGCUGGAGAAAAAAAAAAAAAAAGCAAAUGAAUAUGCGAAGAUGACUUAAAAGAAAACGCUCUGUAACAUAAAAAAUAAAAAAAGAUUCUUAUGAAUGUAUCAUACAUAGAGAUAAAAAGCUGUAUGACAAUGGAUUAAUCAUAAUAUUUCAUUAAAUAUAGCUGUGGUAUUUUC